UUUCUCGGUGCUGCAGCCCGAUAUCACAACCAAUACGCGGAAUGACCUUGAGGAGGGCCACAACAUAGUUACCGAAGCAUCCGCGAUCCCCCAACCUAAACAGCGACAAACAGCCGAAGGAUCCACGAAAUACGGGGAAAGGAAACGGGUGGCAAAAAAACAAACCCCAAAAAAAAAACAAAGCCUUUCGCAAAGGCCAAAUGCUCUUCCAAGUCCGCCCUUGGAGGCUGGUCACUGCGCUGCCCUGGGUCCUCGCCGUGCUCGUGGCCGGCUUCUUCGUCACGCGGCUGGUCGGGUUCCUGCACAUCUUUGGGGUGCUCCAACCGCACUCGGGAAUCCGGAUCACGCAGGGAGAGAUUGAGCUCGCCCACAACCGAGGCCGGGACCCCAGCGACCGGCCCGUCGUGCCCCGGAUAACCCACCAAAUCUUCCACGCCUGGAAGCACCCCGGGAACGACACCUUGCCCGGCCACUGGGCGCACGCCCGCGAGAGUUGUCGAUUGCACAACCCGGACUGGGAACACAAGAUCUGGUAUACGGACAACUCGCGGGAGUUUUUACGGGAUAACUACCCAUGGUUCCUACCGACAUAUGAUGGUUACAAAUUCCCCAUCCAGAGGAUAGACGUGCUCCGGUACUUUCUGCUGCGUCACUAUGGGGGCAUCUACCUCGAUCUAGAUAAUGGCUGCGCGGCGAGCCUAGAUCCCCUGACCUACUACCCCGCCUUCACGACCGACGGGGGCCGCGGGGCGCUGAGCAACAACAUCAUGGGCGGACAGUCGGGCCACCCUUACUUCCACCUGCUGACGGAGAACCUGGCGGCGUGGGACUGGAACUGGCUGCUGCCGUACGUCAUCAUCAGCUACUGCAGCGGGCAGUGGUACGUGACGGCCAUGUGGGAGCGGUACCACCGGCUGCUGCAGCUGACGCCCGGAUCCGCCGGCGGCUCCGUGGCGGGGCUCGAGUCGCUCGGGCGCGGCUGGCGGCCCCUCCACCACGUGCUCAUGGACAUGCGGGACGGCGCCGAUCCGUGGGUCUACUUCACCCAGGUCCGCGGCGGCACCUGGUCCAACUGGGACAGCGACAUCUUCCCCUGGAUCGGGGACCACCUCCCCGAGCUGGCCGGCGCCGCCGCCCUGGCCUCGGGACUGGUGGCUUGGUUCUGUCUGUGGUGCGUCAGGAGGCGGAGGACGCGCGACAGGGGCAAGGGGUACCUGCCGCUGGCCGUCGAGGAGCAUGCCCUGGCUUCGAGGAGGUGAUGCGUGCCGUCCGCGCCGUCUCCUCUUUAACCCCCUUUUUUGUAUGACUUUAGAUUGUGGCUUGCGGGCGGGGUAUGGCCGCAGCUUUAAUUGUUAAUCGAGGUUGUUGUAACAGUCAUUGUUUUUGCUUUGUAUUUUUUUUCCCCCAUCAUCAUCAGCUCUACUACCAAACUUUAAUGAAAG